GCGCGCAGCAGUGGCGGGGACGAUCGACUUCCAUCUCCAGGAGCGCGCAGGGUCGCCCACAUUUCAUGCAGUCACCGUCUCCGGUGUCUGUUGCGUCCAACCUGGGACGUCGAUGUGGCAUUAUCGCGGAAGGGGGGGGCAACUUGGACGAUGUCGGUGACGACCGCGACGGAAGGUUACUGUGGGCGGAGCAACGACGGGAGCUGAGGGAGGGUCGAGAGGAAGCAAUUAGGCGGGGGGUGGAGCGUCUGAGGAUGGACAGGCAGGCGGAAGAAGUUGAGGAGCCACAUGCGGGGCUUCCGUCCGAAGAAGACGCCGACGACAACGAAGGAGAAGGAGGGGACGUGAACGGGGGUUACGCCUCGGCAUCGGAGAACAGCCACAUGGGUGGGAAGGGCGGCAAGACGCAGGCGAAGAGCGGGAAUGGUCGUGGCAAUUCAAGAAAGUUCAUCAUUUUCAAUGGUCGGGGAAUCGACUUCUUCCAGCUGACCGUGAAGGAGAGGGCGAGCAAGGGCUUCAAUUUCAACAUGGAUUGCGCCGUUUACGACGAGAUUGAAGGGUCGACCGGUUUCAAAGAAACCAUCAACCCGAAAAACGUUGCAGACACUGGUGCCUCUCGCGGUGUGCGUUUGCCGUCGACGUCGAAUGCUGAUCCUGAAGCAGUUGGUGAUGUCGACGCCAGUGCAGGGGGAGACGAUGAGGAGGAGGGAUCGACUCGUGGUUCUUCCCAGACGACGGGCAGCCCUGGUGCGUUUGGAAAGAGGAAGAGCACGCAGCAGCAGACGUUCGAGACGAUGACCGAUUGCAUGGAGAAGCACGGUGCAUUGAUGGCGGCCACGAUGGAGAGUGCCAGCAAGCGGCAAUGCAACAUUCAGCUACGACAAUGUGAGGCAUUAAAAGCUGAAGUGCAGGUGCAGAAGACGCACUACGCCGCGUCCGAUGAAGUCAGCAAACUCAUGUGCCAUGCGUUGUUGGAAAUAGCAAAGGCUAUUCGAAACAUAAUGUUUUCUCGCGCCGUUUCAUGUGGGAGAGGUGUUGGGAAACAAGUAACGGAAGGUGAGCUUUUACCGAAGAAAGGUCGACACGAUCCCGCGAAGAGAAGGAGGGGCGUCCAAGGUGGGAAAGGCGUAGUCGGGCGAGAGGUCGAGUCAGAUUGGGUGGAUGAAGAGGAGAGACAGGAGGAGGACACUGACUUCGAAGAAGAAGAGGAACAUACUCUUAAGAGGAAAGUGAAGCAGAGAACGGGGGGCGCUAUACGGAUCGAAGUGGGGGGGGGUGACACAGCAGAGGUGGCUCAUGAUCAGCCGCAGACGCCCUCGAAUAAGCAAAACCAACAGCCUGUUGGCGUGGCUAGCAGUUCCCAGGCCGUGAUCGACAUGUCUGCGAAGCGAUCCCCUGUGCCGCAGCCGCGCGGGGAGGCAGUUCAGGUAGUGCAUGAAGUGGCGGAUGGUGCGAAGGCGGGCGAUGGCUCGACGCUCGGCGAAGACGUCGAAGCCCUAGUGAACAAGCUGCGCGGGCAACGUGCGGAGGCGAAAGCGAUGGAGGUUGCCGCGAGGCUAUGGACCGAUGACAUUCGCUUCUGAAUUCAUACGCGGGGACACGAAAUCAUCCAGAUCAUACACGAAGCGCG